AUGGAUAGAUCCCUCGCUCCACAAUCGUUCACGAACCACGACAGAAUAGCGCAAAGAUCAAGCGCUUUCAGUACCAAUUCAACUAAGCGCGAGACAUUCUGGCGCAAACUCCGCCAACCACGCAAUUCUCCCAAACGAUCGCCUUCAGACGAGCUGCCCGCUCUGUCCGGCUUCUUAGACGACACUGCAGGUCUCGGUGGACGCAUCAUCAAGCCCAGCAAUGAACUCAAACUGCGAUGUACAGAGUUCGACGAGAACGGGAACGUGACGCUGGUCAAUGGCGAGUUCCGCAAGAGCGAGUUGAUCCAGAAAUAUUCUCUCCUACCACGAGAUUUGCGGAAGAUUGAUAGCAGUGUUCUGCCUCACAUCCUGGUCAGACCGUCAGCCAUAUUGAUCAACCUGCUACAUCUACGAUGUCUGAUCAAGCAUAAUCGCGUCCUGGUUUUCGAUGUCUAUGGCUCGACGGAUUCUUAUGCGCAGAGUCUGUUCAUGUAUGACUUGGAAGGGAAAUUGAGGCAGAAGCAACAAAGUUCUGGCGCAGCUGGAAACUUGCCCUAUGAGUUUCGAGCUUUGGAGGCCGUUCUGAUUAGCGUGACGAGUGGUCUCGAAAGCGAAUUCGAGGGCGUCAGAGAUCCUGUCGUCAGAGUCCUGAGAGAAUUGGAAGAAGAUAUUGAUCGCGAUAAAUUGCGAUACCUCUUGAUUUACUCCAAGAAACUCGGCACUUUCGAACAAAAAGCUCGACUCGUCCGAGACGCCAUCGAUGAUCUCCUUGAAGCAGACGACGACCUCGCAUCCAUGUACCUCACCGAAAAAGCCGAAGGCACAGAACGCGAAGACGACAACCACGAAGAAGUCGAACUCCUCCUCGAAUCCUACCACAAGGUCGCCGACGAGAUCGUCCAAGUUUCCUCCAACUUAGUCUCAGCAAUUCGAAACACAGAAGAAAUCGUGCGAGCCAUCCUCGACGCAAACCGCAAUUCCCUCAUGCUUCUAGACCUAAAAUUCAGCAUCGGAACCCUAGGGAUCAGCGCAGGAAUGUUCGUCGCUGCCCUCUACGGCAUGAAUUUGGAAAACUUCAUCGAAGAAUCGAAUUACGGAUUCUUCGGAAUCUCAGGCCUUUGCACAGGCCUCAGUGUCGUGGCGUGCAUGUACUGUUUCAAGAAAUUGAGGAAAGUUCAGAGGAUUAGUAUGUUUGGGGAUUCAGGGAUUAAGAAGAAUGCUUUGCCUGCUCUGCCGAAACGUGCUGGGAAUACUGGUGGUGAUUGGGAACAACGUGGAGAGAGUCUUGCUGAGACUGUGGCGGGGAUCAAAAGGGCUGAUAGAUUGAAGCUUUGGAGGCAGGCUAUGGAGGACAGUCAGGGCAAGGGAAAUAGGAUGCCGGUGCCUUUCGGGCCCUUGAGAUGAUUUAUGCAUACUGUUCCGACACGAGGGUUCUGCGUCGUCUCUACUCUGUUUUUUUGGGUCUUUCAAUGGGUUAGCGGGCAUAGCGAUGGCGUUGAAUGGUGAAGAGGAAGCGGUGUAGACUAUGUAGCACAUUUAGAUCGCAUGAUCUGCAAAGAGCAGGACAUUGUACUUGGG